GAUAACGAGACGCAACGCAAGAUGCUCUCGAAAUUUUGCACAGCAAAAAACGUAAGCAAAUAUUACGACGUUUUCAAGUUCUCUAUUGCAUCCUUUGUAAUGGACGAGGGUGAAAAAGAGGGAGUGCAUCCAAAUGUGACGAAGUAUUACGAAGAAUACAGCAAGUUCGUCGGCGAGCAAGAGACUAAAUUGAAAAAAUUUUAUAAAGAAUCAGACCUCGACGCAGGCUUUUGUAACAAAGUUGUAGGUCAGUUCUUCCGAAGUGUAAAUAACACAAAUGUAGAAAACAAGUUAAAGGAGGAUGCGAAAAAGGACUAACAAUUGAAGGAGCUUUACCGACAAUUUAGUGAGAUGUUCAAUGAACAUUUAAGUUGGGAGGAAUGUAUGAAGAACACGAAAAUAUUCAAGGAAUAUGUACGACAUAUAAAACUACACGGUCCGUUGUCACCGAGUUACCGAGAAUUGUUAGCGUAUAUAUUCAACAUUAAUAUCUACAUGUACAUCACGGAUCGAAAUAAUCAAAUCUGUUUGUUGGACGUACACAAUUCGCAAUCUACAGAUGUUAUAUACCUCUUGUACAAGAACUACACACUACUGAAUGUCAAUCAGAACUCCCUCCGACUGGACAUGGAACGUAACGGCAGAGCUAAUAUGUGCGCAAAAAUAAUCGCAGAAGUGGAGUCGAUGGAACAUAAAGCAGACCUCGAUGAAUAUAUGAAGAAAGGGUUGUUUCUCCCUGGAAGAAAAGAGGAUAACAGUGUUAUCUCCAGUACCGAAAUAGAAAUCGACGAGAAAUUAGAUAUGUACGAAAUAACACGACACUUUUCCUUCUCAGAAGAGAAACAGAAGCUACGAUUCAUGCUGGAUAAGUUAUCAUCUAAGUACAUUGAACAACGUGAGAUCAUUCACGCUAUAGCCAAGAUUUUCUCAUGCAACGGUACACAUUACCUACAACGAACUCUGUUGCCUGGUGAACGCAGUACUGAAUUUCGUCAUCGAGGACUGUCCUGGCCUAAAUGUAUUUAGCUGGAUAAUCACGGCAUAUCCACAGCAACAAUGGUUAAACGAAAUUAUAUUGUUAAAGCUCGAAAAUCACUUUCAAAUGUUGUUGGAUGAGAUACAAAAAUGGAGGCAGUGUUUGGCGAAUAUUCAUAUGAAAGAAACUCUGUUACUAUCGAGCUUCAAAUUGGGACAGAGAAAAUCAGAGAAUAAAGCCUUCUCGACGGAAUGUAUAAGAAACAUUUUGUACUUGUUGAGUAAUAUUUCGGAACGCAUGCCCGGACUCCAUGCGUUGGAAUUAUCCGAGUGGCCGUACGCAAUCAAGGAGAAAUAUUGGACGACCAAACUGUCCGUGUUAACUGAAUGGAAGGACGAAGAAUUGCAGAGAGCCUCUCAUUACUUGUUAUCUUUGGAGAACAGCGCCGGCAUUUCUUUCGCAGAUGCCUUGAUGGAUCUUCUCAUAAAAAAUGGUGUCACAUUGCAAUCGAAUAAGAGCAUAAGUGUAACAAGCGAGGUGUCAUCCUGUUUUCAAAAGAAAAUCAGCUCGAUAAAUACUCAAGAUUUUUUCCAGAUUCUGUCAAGUUUUCACAACGGAGAGUGGAAUUUGUCCAAGGAAGUUCUCAUUAAACUCAAUGACUACCAGAUCAACCAAUGAACAAUCCUGAUGAAAGAAAUGUUCCCUACUAAUGGGGAAGAUCGUAACAUAAAAAAGCUGAUUGAUUUGAUCAGAGGCAAUGGCAACACUUCCGAACGUAUUCUGAAACAUCUGAUUUCUAUCAGGGACAUCAUUCAAGCUAUGAAACAAGUAACGGCGACGAGCGAGAAAGUGAUCAAAGAGGAAAUCGUGAGACACAAAUCCAACAUAGAGAUUUGCGAGAAAGAAAGUGAUAAACUGCAGCUUCGCGACACGCAGAAACUUGCUGUAUUAGUACUAAUUAGGAAUGAAUGCAGCAUACUGAUGCAGGUAUCCACGGGAGAGGGUAAAUCGUUGAUUAUCGUGGCAUUGUCGAUGUUGAAGGCGCUCUGCGGUCAAAAGGUCGAUCAUCACCAGCUCGUCGGUAUUGGCGAAACGUGACUGCAAGGUCAACAGCGAUAUUUACAACCUACUCUCCAUUAGUGUAUCGCACAAUUGUGAUAAUGACAUCGAAAACCGAAAGGAGGUGUAUUCCUGUAAGGACGUCGUUUACAGAGAACUGUCCGACUUCCAGCGCGACUAUCUGCUGGAUCAAUUCUACGGUAAGAACAUUCCAGGCAACAGUAGCUUCGAGAAUGUCAUCAUAGACGAAGUGGAUAGCAUGCUGCUCGACAAGGGUAACAACAUACUGUACUUACCGUGUCUGGACAAGCUUGAGACUAUUUAUGUGUAUAUCUGGAAGUUUAUUAACAGGACUUUCACGAGCCAAAAGCAGAUCUGCAGAUCAUCGACAGUAAAGCGAUCAGACAGGCGAUCUUAUGCAAUAUGUACGGCUCGUUUUCGAAGGAGGACAUCAGGAAAAUCGAUGGAUAUAUAAGCGGCCAACAAAUAAAUGCCAUAUGGGAACGUUUGAUCAAAUACAAUAUAAUCGAUAACGUCGGUUACCUACUAAAGGACAAAGUGAGCGAAAGAGACAUCGUGGAGGUAUUGUCACCCGACUUCAAGCGUUACGAACGCCCUCCACUUAGACACUUGGAUCAACAGCGCCAAGUCGGCGUUAUUUAUGCAAGAACGACAAGACUACAUAGUUGAUAUUGAUAGAAAAGACAGCAGGCCGGAUCUCAAGGCCAAUAUCACUAUCAUUGACCGUGACACAGGUACAGACGAGUUGAACUCUCAAUGGGACGAAGCGUUGCACCAGUUCUUGCAACUGAAUCAUGGCUGCAGGCUGUCGACACAAAGUUUAAAGGCCGUAUUCGAAUCGAACGUGUGUUACUUGAAGCUUUAUAAUAAUCUAUAUGGCUUGACCGCUACGUUAGACUCACAGCGAGAGCGAGAUCUACUGCGAGAAAUCUACCAGGUGGACUUCGUCACGGUACCGACUACGAAAAUGAGGAAGUUCAAAGAAUAUAAUCCAAUUGUCUGUGCCAACCUGCAGGAAUAGCGUCAGCAGAUAUGUUCGGAAGUUGAUACUUAUACGAAAGCAGGCCGAUCAGUGUUGAUAAUUUGCGAGACCGUACAACACGUAGAAUCUCUGUAUAGGGUGUUAGGCGCCAAGAACAUGACAAACUUGCAUACGUACACGCGCGAAUACGAAUCAUUCGGCAUGGCUACUGAGCGUCUGUGUGAAGGUCAAAUCAUCAUCGCGACCAAUUUGGCCGGUCGUGGUACUAAUUUCAAGAUCACCGAAUAGUUGGACAAGGCGGGCGGCCUGCAUGUUUGUCUCACGUAUCUAUCAAACAACAAUUGGGUAGAGUAACAGGCUUUCGGCCGUGCAGCUCGGUAUGGUAACAAUGGUUCCGGUAGAUUGAUUGUCCUGGGCUUGCGGUACGUGCAAAUGUCGCACCUGAAAAAAGAGCGGGACUUUGAAGAGAUCCGUCGCAUCACCGAUAUCAAGCUACACUGUGAAACGCGAAUAAUUGUAGAAGAGGAUGCUUUUUACCAAUUUAGAAAGGUACCAGCAGCUGGAGAAGAAUUUAAGGGAUGAGGUAUGUGAUGAAGUGAAGGAAAUACUGCUGCGUAGCUGCCUGGACGGAUGGGCUUUCUGGUUGGAUGAGAACAACAAAUAUAUAAACGGUACAUUGGGCGAGCAGAACACGAAGAAAUAUAAAGCUUCCCUCAGCAAACUGAUCGAUCGCUUACGGGCAUUGAAGUCGAAAGAGAGCAAAGACUGGGUGUACUGGACUCGCGAACCCACCCAAGUUAUCAGGCUCGCCAAAUAUUUCGCACGAAAUAAGCAGCAGGACGCGGCGAUUGAGCUGUUCGAUCGUGUUAUCAAUGAAGAGCCUAAUUUCCCGGAAGGGGCGCAUUAUUACAAGGCUUUCUCGUUGAUCAAGAAGAUCGACAAGAAGAACCAGAGCACUUUAAAGGAAUUCAAGAAAGAAUUGCGGGAAGCGGCGAAAUUCUUCAAGAAGCAUCGCGAUUAUGCGAAGUGGGCCGUAAAUACCAUCGAAUACCUGAAACAGCGAAAUUUCGGUACCAUAGAGAUCGACUUGUUCAUGGAGUAACACGAGAACAUCAGCACCAUAUAUGAGAUCUUUUUACGAUCUAUUGACGAUAUGUUCGGUCAUAAUGUGACGUCGCAGAAUCUUGAGAAAUACGAUAUCAACGAGGAGUUAGCCGAGACUUUAUAUCUCGACUUGAUUAAAAACGACAUUUUAAGGAGGCCGAGAGUAUCGAAAAAUAUUGAGGAAGGCAUCGUGAAGAAGAUCUGCGAGCAUCACGAAGUAAUUCCGACAGAGUUGGACAACUUUCUUAUGAAGAAACGUGACUCCUCUAUACAGCUACAGCAAUUCGAGAAGGAUAUGAAGAAGUCGGUGAGGAUGCUCUAUAAGGAAGAUUUCUGGAAGUUGCUAGUGAAGCAGAAGAUCUUGAAGGACGAAGUGAAGUAAAAAUUGUCAUGAAAAAGCUACGGAACAUUGAUCCCUCUUUGUUGAUAUCGCUGGACAAUAUAAUCGAGCAGAAGAAACUGGAGAAGCAGACUUUGAAAUGCAAUAAAAAACAGUUGCUCUUCUUCCAACAGGACAACGAGGACGAAGAUAUCAUCUUGGAGAAGAGGCUCUUCAAGAAAUUCAUUAGUGAUGACAAAUAUAAGAUACUGAAAAGCAGAAACGUUUUCAACUAUAACAAAAAGGCGACCUACGAUGCGGGAAAAGUGGAAGACGUAAUCUUUCCAUACUUUGACUCUAUCACUGUGGAGGAAUUGACCGAACGAGAUUUCUCGGAGGAAGAUACGAAACGGAUUAUAACGGAUCUGAUCAAGCAAAAGGUCUUAUCAGAUGGAGAAAAAGGUCUUUACCGAUUGGUCGUCCCUUAUGGCCAGAUCGUGAAUCUUCAACUACCUUCUUGCCCCAUCUACGAAAACUGUAUGAAAAUGCUGUUGUACAUCUGUUUACAGAAUAACGUUACAGAAUAGCGUUGCAGAUAUUGAUAAGAAGUUUCCAGAGCGAGGUGAUAUCCAGUAGCCUGCAUUUAAUGCCUAACCCGCAUAAAUCGAUAAUCGAUUCGUUGAUAGAAGAGAAGAUCGUCAAACACGCCAAGCUAUCCAGCAAUAAUUAUAGUCUGGAGAGCAAAUUGCGGAACAUGUAUGAGCGCAUGAUACGUGGAAAGGAUGUUUUCAUGCAAAUACUCUAUAAAAACAAUCUGGUACUGCGGACGAAGAAGGAUGCAGAAUUAUUUAAUUACAUCAUUCAAAAAAGAUGGAUCGACGUGAUGGAGUCGUUAGAGGAAAAUGUAAUUAAAAGUCUCAAGGGCCAAGAUCUUAUAGGAAAUACGAUUAUAGUUUAACAGAGGCAGAGCGAGAAAAAAUUUUAGUGUUCGUCGAUGGUGACACUCUGAGAUGUACACGCGAAUCGACGAAGUACGAGAGACCGACAGAAACUAUCAAGACUAUCAUAGAUGCUUACAAUCACUUUGGCAAGAAGGCCACGAUGAAGAACAUCGUUAAAACCUUGGAAGCUUUGAAAAACACGUUCAAGACCUUGGACGUUCCGGACUGUAAUAUGAUACCGCUGUUGAAGCAUAUCGAAACAAGCGAAUUUUUCAGCAGUGACGAUUACCCGAGCGAGGAAUUACAAAUCUUCGCGAUGAACAGUCUGGAUGAUCUUUUGGUACUUCAGGAGAAACGAUGGAGCUGGAAAAUGAUAUUCAAGAUUGCUACGGUCGUCACGUUAGGCAUGAUGCAGAUCAUACUUGCUACCAUGAUACAAAUCUUUUGCGCCGACAUUAUGACGUAUAUGGCCAGCGCCUUGGUAUCCGAAGGUGCGAGCGAUAUCUUUUUCGCAAUCUUAGCUUUUAGGAGCGGCUA